UUGGCAACGCAGGAAGUGCAUCUGUCAGAUGAUAUGGCAUAACGUUAACGUUACUGCAGAGCAGAUGAGGCCUGGGUUAAGAUCUAAAUUAGUCAUUUUUGUCAUCCGUGUAUCUUAAAGUGAAAGGCUUUGGUUAAAUUGCACCCCGAGAGGAGGUCAGUAGAACUUCUGUGUGUGAGAAUAGCUGAGAGCGCAGCGUCAGUCUUUGAUCAAAGUCCACGGGCUCCCUGUCGUCUCUCUCUCUCUUUUUCUUCCAUUCGUUCGCUGCCCUCUGUAGUUCAUACUAAUGGCAGAUCCGAGCGCCAGUGUAGGGAACAGCCUCCCUAGAAUCCUAAACUUUAACGUGGGUGUACUGGGCCAUGUGGACAGCGGGAAGACAUCUCUGGCCCGGGCUCUGAGCAGCACCGCCUCCACCGCCGCCUUCGACAAGAACCCUCAGUCCAAAGAGCGAGGCAUCACUCUGGAUCUGGGCUUCAGCGCCUUCAUCGUGCCUUUACCCGAGCACCUGAGAGAGGCCUGCGGCGAAAGACAGUACGACAGCUUACAGUUCACACUGGUGGACUGUCCGGGACAUGCGUCUCUCAUUCGGACAAUCAUUGGUGGUGCUCAGAUCAUUGAUCUGAUGCUGUUGGUGGUCGAUGUGGUGAAGGGUAUGCAGACGCAGACGGCAGAGUGUCUCGUGAUUGGUCAGCUCACCUGCUCCCACAUGAUUGUCAUCCUCAAUAAAACUGAUCUGUUACCUAGUGACAAGAAACAGAGUGCCAUCGACAAGAUGACAAAGAGGAUGCAGAAAACUUUGGAGAACACAAGAUUUAAAGGUUGCCCUGUCAUUGCUGUGGCAGCAAAACCAGGGGGACCGGAUGCUCCAGACACAGAGGAAGCACAAGGAAUUACAGAACUUAUAGAGUUGCUAAAGUCCCAGGCAUUCCUGCCUCAUAGAGACGCCUCUGGCUCUCUGCUGAUGGCUGUGGAUCACUGUUUCUCCAUCCGUGGUCAAGGGACAGUCAUUACAGGCACCAUUCUGCAGGGGGCGCUGCGUGUCAAUGACACUCUGGAGAUACCUGCACUUAAGGUCACCCGGAAGGUGAAGUCUAUACAGAUGUUCCGUAAGCCAGUUCCCAGUGUGAUGCAAGGGGACCGCGUUGGUGUGUGUGUGACACAGUUUGAUCCAAAACUGCUGGAGCGUGGAGUGGUGUGUACACCUGGCUCACUACGAACUCUUCAUGCUGCCGUUAUUUCUGUGCAGAAGAUCGAAUACUACCGCGGUGCGCUGAGCAGCCGUUCCAAAUUCCACAUAACCGUCGGACACGAAACAGUGAUGGCUCGCGUGUCGUUCUUCAGCAGAGCAUCUCUUAACGGCCAGGCUGGAGCCUCAGAUGGAAGUCCUUCGGAACAGAGUCCAGACUCUUUCUCAUUUGACUGGGAGUUUCAGCAUCAGGAGGAGUUUUUCAGUGGUCAGGCAGAUGCUGAGGGGCAGGCACCACAGCAGUGGGCUUUAUUGGAGUUUGAGCGGCCAGUCACAUGUCCACCGCUCUGUUUGGUGAUUGGCUCACGAUUGGACUCUGAUAUACAUGCUAACACAUGCAGGCUUUCUUUUCAUGGAAAGUUGUUGGAGGGCUUCGAAGACAAGAACUACACAGAGACCACACUACCAAGACUCAAAAUUAGUAAAGAUAAGCAUAAAGAAGGAGCAGUGGAACGGGUGACAGACGACUACACCGUGAUUGGCAAAAACCUAUUUAAAAAGGAGACCAACAUUCAGCUGUUUGUAGGGUUAAAGGUCACCCUUUCAUCAGGAGAAACAGGGGUCAUUGAAGGCGGCUUCGGACAGAGUGGCAAGAUCAAGAUUAGAGUGCCAGAGGGAUUGAAAGAAGAAACAAAGCAGCUACUUUCCUCUUCUUCCAAGAAAAAAGGAAAAGGUGGGGCCAAAAAUGAGCCGACCAAAGAUGAAGAAAGCAAGUCGGACUCUCAGCCAAUCACCAUUCACCUGAACUUCAAAAGAUAUGUCUAUGACCCCCAUAAAAAGAUGGUGCAGUCCUGACUCUGACAACGCUAAUUCUUCUGGAAAAGACCACUUGAGAGGAGCAGGAAGGGGAGCUUGAUUGAGUUCUGAUUGGUCAGAUGAGGUGCUGAAGGUGUGCAUGUGAGGGUGUCAGGAGCUCUAUUUGUGCUAUCCUCAGGUUUGUAUUCUGUUACUUCGCAAUCUUGCAGUAAUAAAACACUCAACACUGGAAAAAAGA